GCCUGUUGACUAUUGUGGCAAGAUAAGUGAUAACGAGAUCUACUGUACUACACACCGGUGUCCUCUUGUUGGCUUGUGGUGUAGCUCCAUCUGUAACAGAACACUGUCGCUGGGGGCAGAUAAUUUAGCUUAUCACAUUCAAGGGUCAGGCGCCGUAAUCACCUUCGACAAGCACCGGGAACGAUAUAGUUUGUAUUUUUUUUUUUUUAUCAUCACUGCUUCUAUCUGUUGGUGCAUUGGCUCAACUAUCUUCAUACCAGGCUUGUGUAUGUUAAUAACGGUAGACACCCCUUAUCGAAGGCGAAUAUUAACGGAGAAAAGAUUGUCAUAUUGAUUCUGAAAGUGCAGAAUUAAUACCUACACUAGUCACUGAAAUUGUUUCGAAGACCAGCCAUCCGUAACAACAAAGAGUAAGCAGUGACGGAGAUGACAAACACGCAUACGUCACAUUAGAGGACGAACUUGGGGUGACGUGCGCGGAGACCAUGAGGAUUUCAGUGACGUUCAGACAGACCCUGCUGAUUGUCGCCCUGCGAUGUUUGUGCUGUCGAGCUCAGGCCCAUGUUCCUUUUCCUUCUCAAUAUGGAGAAAUUUUUCUGUACGGACAAGAUGCAAGCUACAAAGGAACCGUGUUGAUAUCUUACAACAACACAUGGGGUUCGGUGUGUGACGACGGCUGGGGACUGGAGGAGGCCACAGUGGUGUGUCGACAGUUGGGAUUCACAGGAAGUCGAAUCAUACCCCGAACAAACUCUUACUACGGUCCCGGGACGGGGGCAGUCCUGAUGGAUGACGUGUACUGUAUAGGUACGGAGGGCAACCUCACCCAGUGCACACACACCCCCUGGGGGGUCAGCAACUGUGACCACAAUGAGGACGCCGGCGUGGACUGCGAUCCAAGUGUUGAUGCCCAAGCCAGCCCCGUGAAGCUGGUUGGCGGGUCAAACGAAAGAGAAGGUCAGGUACGAGUCUGGAAGAACGGGGUCUGGGGGUCGGUCUGUGAUGACGGAUGGGACUUCCAUGCUGCUCAGGUCCUCUGCAAUCAGCUGAACUUUACAGGGACCAUUGGCGUGCCUACAACUGCAGGAUAUUUUUCUAAUGGCACGACUGACCCGAAUUUGCUCAUCAUGUUGAACAACAUACGCUGCACAGGCAACGAGUCGUCCAUCGACGUUUGCUUCCACAGACCGUGGAUGGCGAACAGCUGCCGUCUGGACCAAAAUGCAGGGGUCAUCUGCGUGACCCCACCGCAGGGGGGAGUGAAUUUGCAGGUGCGUCUGGCCGGCGGGAUAAACAAGUACCAGGGUCGGGUGGAGAUCCAGGUGUUCCGGCAUUGGGGGACCAUCUGCUCUCACAGGUUUGGACCGGAGGACGCCCAAGUGGUUUGCAGAAUGCUAGGAUAUGGAGGAGGUACCAACCUUAACCAACUAUACCAAGGGGGAGGAGGUCCUAUCUGGCUAGACGACCUCGGGUGCACAGGAUCAGAGGUCAGCUUGUUGAACUGCUCGCGAAAACCUUGGGGGGUGAGCGACUGUACUCACGCCAACGAUGCGUCGGUGUCCUGUACAGCUCCUGGCGGCGGGGACCACAUCAUCAGUAUGAUCGAAGGAGGAGGCAGCAAAGGGAGGCUAAUUGUGUCUGUGAAUGGACAGCAAGGAGUUAUCUGUGACCACAACGCUACCAACGCCAUAGCCAUGGUGGUGUGCAAUGAACUGGGUCUGAACACAUCGAAUGCUAUCAUCACAACAGGUCAAAGUGCGAUCGCGUCUCCCACUGUGCUGGACAACGUGGUGUGUGUGGGUACCGAACGCACCCUGUCCGGCUGCCGCUACAGCAAAACCAACUUCAUCUGUCCGGCGAAUCAACAAGUGUGGGUGGACUGUCAAGCCGACUACAAUGGACUUACGAUUAGCCUUAAAACCCGAACUGGUCAGCCGCCCUGGCAGGGCACAGUCCUAGUACAAUACAACAACACUUGGGGCACCAUCUGUGACGACCACUUCGACGUGACCGACGCUCGGGUCGUCUGCAAUCAGCUGGGCUUUAACAGUUCGACCCCCUUGGCGGUAGGGAGUGCUGUGUUCGGGGCUGGUGAUGGUCCUGUCUGGAUCACUGACUUGGCCUGUACAGGGACAGAAGCCAACAUCGCCAACUGUCGGCACUCUGCUUACGGAGUCACCAAGUGCCGGCACUACGAGGACGCAGGAGUCGUUUGUACUCCGGGGAAUAUUAACGACAUCACGAGUAUCCGUCUGGUGGGCCCUACUCCUUACGAAGGUCGGGUGGAGGUGUACUACAAUGGCACUGGCUGGGGUACCGUGUGCGACGACCACUUCAACGACAGGGCUGCCGCUGUGGUGUGCCGCAUGAUGGGCUUCAACACGACCGUUGCUAAGGUGAGGGACACCCACUACUACGGCAGCGGUGGGAGCACGAUGUCGAUCCUGCUGGACGAGGUCAACUGUCAAGGCGACGAGACCAACAUCUUCCAGUGCGGCUUUGCGCCCAUCGGCACCUCCGACUGCGGCCACUCCGAGGACGUGGGCGUACUGUGUCAGGGCCCCACUACUUCCGCCACUUCACUCAAGGCGCGACUGGUGAAUGGCUCCAGCACAUCGGAGGGUCGGUUGGAGGUCUUCUACAACGGCUCCUGGAGCACCGUCUGCACCCACGGCUUCGGGCAGAAGGAAGCUCAGGUGGCCUGCAGGAUGCUGGGUUUCAACAGUCCCGGUGUGACGGUAAUGCCGCCCUCAUUUUACGGCGCUGGUCAAGGCAGCAUCUUGCUGGAUGAUGUGCGGUGUUCCGGAAGUGAGACCAACUUAGAGCAGUGUGGAAACAAAGGCUACUACAACCACGACUGCACUCACAGAGAUGAUGUUGGCGUCAUCUGUAACCCAAUGCCUGUAGCUUUUCGCCUCUCGGGUGUUCAUCGUACCCGAUUUGACAGAGGUCGGCUGGAAAUCCGGGUGAAUGGUAAUUGGGGCACCGUGUGUGAUGACUACUUCGACAACAAAGCAGCCAAAGUCGUUUGCCGGCAGCUGAGAUACCCUUCAUAUGCGGCGAUGGCCGUGUAUGGAGCGCCGUUUGGACAGGGACAGGGUCCUAUCCUGCUGGACAACGUGCGAUGCUUAGGAAACGAGAGCAGUCUCAUGAACUGCAUCCACGAUCCCAUAGGCGUCAGCGACUGCGAUCAUUCGGAGGAUGUCGGCAUCAUUUGUAGUGAUGUUACCCCAUCAAGCGGCAACAUGACAGCCCGCCUGGUCGGGGGCAAUGCAACGGAGGGGCGACUGGAGGUCAACUUUAACAACCAGUGGGGCACCGUGUGCGACGACUACUUUAGUGACGUGGACGCCCAAGUUGUGUGCGCCAUGUUGGGAAUCACUGGCGGGCUGCCACGGAUGCUGCCUAUCGGCACGUACCCGCCCGGCACGGGCAUCAUCUGGAUGGACGACGUUGACUGCGUCGGCAACGAGACCAACCUGGACGCCUGCAAACAUCGGCAGCUUGGCACCAACAACUGCGACCACAGCGAGGAUGUCGCCGUUGCUUGCGGACCAUUGAUUCCAACCAUCACCCAGAUUCGCUUGGCUGGAGGAGAUGACCACCAAGGUCGUGUUGAAAUUCAGCACAACGGUUUCUGGGGGACGUUGUGUGACGACAGCUGGGGUAUCAAAGAGGCUCGGGUAACCUGCAACCAGCUGGGGUUGACAAAUGUCGUUCCUGUGCCAAUGGCAAACGCUUACUACGGCCAAGGAAGUGGUCAGAUCUGGCUGGACGAGGUGGAUUGCCUUGGCAACGAGACAAACCUGGACAGAUGCAGGCACAAACCCUUCGGCUACAACGACUGCGACCACUCCGAAGACGCUGGUCUGCUGUGCAUGACACCGCCGACUAGCCCCGCCCCCUUUGUCGUUCGCCUUAGCGGCGGAGCGUCGAUGUACGAGGGUCGGGUGGAGGUGCGCUACAACAACUACUGGGGUACUGUCUGUGACGACAACUUUGAGCCCGUUGAUGCUCAGAUCGUGUGUCGCACCCUGGGUUACAGUGGAGGAAAAAUACUGACCCAUGUAGGUGCAGGCCGGGGUCCUAUCUGGAUGGACGACCUCGGCUGCACAGGAAGCGAGGCAACUCUUGACCAGUGUCCUUUUAACGGCUGGGGCGAACAUGACUGCGACCACAAAGAAGACGUGGGUGUGUCAUGUGAGAAUCCUGGUGAGAUGGACCUGCCCGUGCGACUCUCAAACGGAGGAGGUCCCGAUUCUGGGAGGGUGGAAGUACAGUACGAUGGUCGUUGGGGGACUGUGUGUGACACCAACUUUGACAACAACGUCGCUGCCGUCAUCUGUCGUCAGCUCGGCUACAGCACUGCCACUGCGCAAGCGUUCGGCGGUUCCCAUUUCGGGGCGGCGCCCGACGAGUACAUUGCGUGGGUGAGCGGCAUCCAGUGUGUGGGCGCCGAGCCUUGGAUUGGUCAGUGCAACAUCUCCAUGAACACCGGCGCCUGCGACAACACCCACACUGCCGGCGUGGCUUGUAAUGGAGGCCCACUGCCAGCGAUCAACGUGCGUCUGGUCGGUGGGGGCAACGGUCAGGAGGGCAGAGUAGAGAUCAGCUAUAACGGGACCUGGGGCACCGUGUGUGACGAUUACUGGGACCACGAUGACGCAGUGGUCAUUUGCCGGAUGCUGGGCCUGCCAACUAAUAACGUCAUUCCCCGGGGUGGCGGCUAUUUCAUCUCGGGUACCAGACCCACCAAGAUCUGGCUGGACGACCUCAAAUGCCUCGGGUCUGAGACCUCCAUCGCGCAGUGUCCUCACGCUGGGUGGGGGCAGAGUAACUGUCUGCAUUCAGAGGACGCUGGGGUCGUCUGUGGAGGAUCAGUCCCGAUGUCUCCUAUUCGUCUCGUUGGCGGGCUCACCACCCACGAAGGUCGCGUUGAGAUUUUCUACAACAACACGUGGGGCACCGUCUGUGACGACUUCUUCGGAACCGAGGAGGCCACGGUUGUCUGCCGAUCCCUUGGAUUCCAAACUCAGGGGGCUGUGGCGUUCCCCAGAGCUCGGUACGGGGCAGGCACGGGGACGAUCUGGCUCGAUGACGUCAGCUGCGCGGGGUCGGAGCAGUACCUGGACAUGUGCGCCUACAGACCCUGGGGUCACAGCAACUGCGCACACAGGGAGGACGUCUCGGUGUCUUGUGGAGGUGUUCCUACGUCCGCAGCGAUUCGGUUAGUUGGAUCCCAUAAUAAUUUUGCAGGCCGUGUUGAGAUGAUGGUGAAUGGCACGUGGGGCACCGUCUGCAGCGACCUCUGGAGCACAAUGGAUGCCAUUGUCGUCUGUGGGAUGUUGGGAUUCCCCAGGACAGGUUCUCAGGCAGUGGUCAGUUCCCAGUUCGGCCACGGCAGCGGACCCAUCUGGCUGGAUGACGUGCAAUGCACGGGCUACGAGGAGAGUCUCCUGAACUGUAGAGCGAAGCCCCUCGGUCAGACCAACUGUGACCACACGCAGGAUGCAGGCGUCAUCUGCUCCGGCAAUCCGCUGCAGAUAAGGCUAACUCCUGGUCCCAGCCAAGGAUUUCUGGAGGUUGAGAUCAACGACACGUGGGGGAGCGUCUGUGACAGUGGAUUGGAAGGGGCUCCAGGUCAGGCAGUGGCACGUGUAGUGUGUCGACAACUCGACCAGCCCUUUUCCGGGGCAUACAGCGUCACGCAUGGCCGCCUGGGGCAGGGCAGCGGUCCGGUCAUGCUGGACGCACUCAGCUGUACAGGGCAGGAGAACUUUCUGGGCCAGUGUAGACACAGUCCUGCAGGAGCUGUUCUCUGUCAGCCCUCACAGACACUUGGCAUCGUCUGCGCAGCAGCAACAACUACAACUGUGACAACGCCACCAUCAACAACCCCAGCCCCGGUUAUCGACUACAUCACUCUGGGAGGAAACUUCACAGCCUACUCAGGCAGGGUAGAUGUGUACCACAAUGGCAUGUGGGGAACCGUGUGCAACCAUAACUGGACCAACCAAGACGCUUCUGUUGUCUGCAAAAUGCUGGGAUACUCUGGGCAGAACGCGACAGCACUGGUGAACCCGCAGGUGUACGGGGCCGGAACAGGGAUCAUCUGGCUGGACAACGUGAAGUGCGACGGUACGGAGACCAACAUCGGGGCCUGCCACUCCUGGAACUGGGGCACUACCAACUGCGUGCACAGCCAGGAUGUGGGAGUCGCCUGCGCCCCAGGUGAGUUGCCGGACACUUUCCUGUUGUUCACCGACUGGAACAAAACUAGUGUGUUCCGUAUGGACAUGAUGUCCUACAGCUACAUCACGGUUCCCCUGCAGGGAAUGGGCCGUCCCUUCGCCAUAGACUACGACUACAUCAACUCACGUAUCUACUGGACAGACUUGGAUGCCAGAUUAAUUCGGUCUGCGAGGGUGGACGGAACGCAGAGUGAGACUGUCCUGGCGCUGGGAGCAACCGCUGAUGCUGAGGGUCUGGCGGUUGAUCCUCUGUCUGGCCUCCUCUUCUACACAGAUACCGGAUAUGACAUCAUAGCCCUCGUGACUUUUGCUGGGCACCAACGGAAAGUGAUAAUCAACACCGACCUUCAAGAGCCUCGCCCCAUUGUGCUUGAUGUCAUGAAUGGCAUCAUGUUCUGGGCUGACUGGGGUUCGAAUCCAAAAAUCGAGCGUGCCAACUAUGACGGUACUUCUCGACAGGCUAUUGUUACAAGCGACCUCACCUGGCCCAACGCCUUGGCACUGGAUAUUCCUAAUCAGCGGAUUUUCUGGGUGGACACCAGCAACACCUAUGACGACAAGGUGGAGUACUCGGACCUCUUCGGAGACAACCGGAUGGCCAUCUACUCAGAGCCCAGAACCCACUUCAUGGGCAUGGCGCUGUACGACAGACACAUCUACCUCAGCGACUGGCAAUCCAGGUCACUGAAGCACAUGCAGACUGAUGGAACAAAUGUAAUGAAUGUAGGAACUCCGACCUUUGGGUACAUCAACGAUGUGGUCGUACACGUAGAUGGUGCAGACCCACAAGGACCUAACGGAUGCACCCAGAACCGGAACUGUAGCAGGAUUUGUAUCCCAAGACCAGGCAAUAGCUUCACUUGCAUGUGUCCUGACGGACUGUUCUUGCAGACAGACGGCAGCACGUGUGGUAGAACAACUACAUGUCCACCCAUGCAGGCACCCUUCCACGGAAUCAUCACCUGCACCAGCCCGUCUCUCGUUAAAACCGUCUGCACCCUCGGGUGUGACCCCGGAUUCGUCCUCACCACCACCACCACCAUAACCUGCCUGUCAACUGGGUACUGGGACUAUCAGUACAGCCCCAACGCCUGCUUAGAUGUCCAACCGCCCGUAAUCCAGUGCCCGGGGGACGUCAUCGCGAACGCAGCCCAGGGAAACACCUCCGCAGUCAUCUCGUGGCCGCCGCCUACUGCCACCGACAACAGCGGCAGCGUCAACAUCGUCGUCAGCAUGACACCGCCCAUAGUCCUCAGCGAGGGCGUCUACAACAUCACCGCCGCGGCCUUUGACGCCGCGGGUCUCAGUGCCACGUGCACUUUCUCGGCCACUGUGACUGUGGGGAGAUGCCAGCCCUACACGGUGCCCCAGAACGCUCAGCUGGUGAGCUUAUCAUGCCCCACCCACUACGGUGCCACGUGCCAGAUAGCGUGCCUCCCGGGUUAUCAGAUGGCUAACGGGUCUCCGAUAACAACAGUCUUCUGUGGGACCUCCUACACCUGGGUACCGUCUCCGCCGUCAUGCAACCCCGUCACGUGUCCUCCGCUGAAAGCUCCAGCCUACGGGUCUAUCAGCCCCAACACUUGUCUCACAUCAAGCAGCCCAUCGGGAAGCAGCUGCAGCUUUUCGUGUCAGAAUGGUUUCAGGCUCACUUCCGGAUCUCCAAAUGUGACCUGCACCUCCUCUGGCCAAUGGGGCGGCAGCGGGCGAAUGCCUGUGUGCGAGGAUGUGCAGCCGCCGACAAUAACAUGUCCAGGCAACGUCACGGUGACAGCGGCCAGUGCCACAACCACCGCGCAAGCCACGUGGGCAGCUCCCACAGUGCAAGACAAUGCGGGCAAGGAUCAAGUGGUUGUGACCUCGAGUGUGACGUCAGGAGUGACCCUUUCAGAAGGUCAACACAGUGUUGUGGUCCGAGCCACGGAUCGCGCCGGCUUCACGGCUUCUUGCAGUUUCUUUGUCGUCGUGUCAGUUCUCCGCUGUCCCAAGAUGCAGUUGCCUGCCAACGCCGUGCUGCUGACCCCGAACUGCCAGAAUCUUUUGGGCAGCACGUGCACGGUCACGUGCCGAACCGGAUACAGCCUGAGCGGAAGUAGCGUCAUCACCUGCUCACUGAAUGGAGCGCAAGCUGUUUGGGGAACGCUGCCUGUCUGUAACUCCGUGACUUGCCAAAAGCCUCCGCCUCCACUCAAUGGGGUAGUGGCAGGCUGCUCGGGUGUUUUGACUGUUGGAAGCACCUGCACCCAAGCUUGCAACAGCGGCUACGUCUUGGUCAGCGGCAACGCGGUCAGAUCUUGCCUGUCAGACGGCACGUGGUCAGGCGCCGUGGCAACCUGCACGUCCCAGAGUUCGGCAAAGUCCAUGUCCCAGCAGGGCAGUGGAGGCGGCAGUGGCUCCUCUAACACAUCAUCCAUCGUUGCUGGAGUCGUCGUGCCGAUCAUCCUGUUGACACUUCUUCUCACUGGGGGCUUCCUCUUCUACAAGCGGCGAACCAUGGGACCAGCACUGGCUGGACCUGCGUCAGUGCCCAUGUCAUCAAUGUCAUCGAUAUCAUCAAGGCCAUCAACGCAGCCAACAUAUCGCUUCUCCGACAGAGCGACUGACGGACUAGAUAAUCCUCUUUAUGACUCGUGAGCAAAGAACGACAUUUGUGUUCAUUCCAGAAUGUUCUGGUACGUCCAUCCACGACGGGCGUACUUGUCAAAAAUGCCAAUAGAAGACUGUCUGGAGCAUCUGAAAACAAUGUUUUCUCUUUCAGUAUUUAAGUGAAACAAUGUCAGCAGCAUGUUAAUUUUUUGGCAACAUCCACUUACACGUCUUGGCCAAGGGUUUCCAUUAUUGCAGGUUUGUUUGUAAAAAAAUGUGAUUUAUAAGAAGUCGUUGGCUACUCUAAGUAGUGUUCCAGUCUACAAAGGUUCUGUAGUGUGGUAUUUAUUAGUGUUGCAUAGCUACAUUGUGGUAUUACACGCAUACAUUGUCGUUCGUUCUUUACCCGUUCAAUCUGUCAGUUACUCUCAUAAAGGUUAUCGAUGAUGAAAACAUGAAUAAUCUGUCCUUGGUUAUAUGAUUUUUAUACUCUCUAAUGUAUGCUUUAGACCUAAUAGAAAUACAAAAUCUGACAAAAUGUUGCAAGGCUUAUAUGUUGGUAGGAUGGAUAUAUCCUGCAGCUAGUAGAUCUGGUAUGUUGCAAUUUCUGACAAAAGGUCUUGUAUUAACUGUGACACAUACUCAUACAUGUAAAUAGAAAAGUUGUAGAUCAUCAUAUUUUCUUGCAUGAAAUAAAGGACAGGUAAAACUCACAAAUAUUACUGAUAACAUCAUUCAUUUUCAAAUGGUCAUCGGUGUCAGAAAGUUGACAUAUUUUCAACAAAAUAAUGUGAUUUACCAUACAAUUACAGGAGAUAAGAAUAUUUUACAUAUUGUAAGUUAGAUCCUUCACUGUAUUUGCCCUUAAUAAAAAUAUACAGCAACUUUCUCCAUUCCCUCCUCCAUUCCAGUAGCGUUUGCUGUUUUCAUUUUAAUGUAAGACAACCAAAACUAUGUUGAAAUCAAUAAAAGAAUGAAAAUAAA